AUGAAGUCGGCACUCUCGGCCGGUCUCGUCGCCGCCCUCCUCGGUCCCACCGCUGUCAUCGCAGGCCCGACAUGUCAUCCAAAGAUAGCACGCGGCUCACACCGCGUUACCUGCUUCAGUGAGAUUGACCACACCGAGGUCCACGAGAAGGGCCAUGGCCAUCAUCACAAGCGAUCAAGCAAGCACAAGGACCUGGAGACCACACGCACCAUCAGCGUAUACACCUGGUCAUUUUUCUGGAACUGGAUCGCCAAGGAUGACUGCCCCAAGACCACGGCGCAUCUGUCAACAAUCCUUCCCUUGCUUGCCAGCACCCACCACGGGGUCAAGUGUACAGUUGAGGUCGGCUGGACCCCUGAUCAUGGCGCACAUGAGAAGUCGCACGAUGCAGCCUCGGGCGACUCCCACAACGGCGCCAUCGAACAUCACGAUGGUGCCCCCGGGAACCAGUCACAGUGGGAGUACGCUGGCCACGGCCACAUCGACUGGCUUUCUUUACCCGCCAAAAUGGAGUGGCCCUUGCACGCGAGCUUUGAACGCCCCGAACAGUUCACUGGGUCGGGAGAGUUGGGCGCCAAGUACGAGUUAGCUGACCAUGGUGCAAUGAACAAACUUGAAAUCCACAGUGGCCAUGGCAACGACUUCGUUCACACAUGGGGUCACGAACACUUCGGACACGGCGGACACGACGGACACGAUGAGCACCACGAUGACGGACACGACAACGAGAAAGGCAAGAAUGACAAGCGAGCCCACAAGGACGAAGAAGACCAUCGCUCGUCGGUGAGCAAAGAUAACCGCAAGUUUGGAGGUCACUAUAACACCAAGACUCUUCAUUCCUGCUGGGUCUUUGAGAAGCACCACGUCACCUCGCACCAGGUCAUCCCCGAGAAGAAGAAGAAGAAGGGGAACAAGAAGGGACACGAGGAAGAGAUUGACGCGACUCUGCCGAUUCCUUUCCACUUUCCCAGCUGGUCAACCUGCGAGCCGCAUAUUCCCCAUCCUGUUCCUUGUGAGGAGGAGUGCCACGAGGACUCUUGUGGCUCAAAGCAUAAAGAUUGCAAGGGUGACUCUUGUGGCUCAGACAACUGCCAUGACAAAUCAUGCAACGGGAAGGGCAAGAAUUCCGAGGAUUGCAACACCAGCUCUUGCGGUAACAAGCACCAUGAUGACAAGAGCUGCCACAGCAAGGCUUGCAGCCACAAAAAGACGGAUUCAAGCAACUGCCAUAACAGUUCUUGCAAAGAUGUUACCCACAGCUGCAAUGAUCAGUUUUGCAACCGGGACAAGGAUGCUUGCGAGCCAGAGUCUUGCCAUGAGGAUGACUGCGGCGAUGAGUCCUGCGACGGUUCCGACUCGGACCAUGACUCGGACCAUGACUCGGACUCAGACGACCACUGUGACAAGAGUUGCGGUGACAACAGCGGCUCGGACGAUGGUUCUGACGACGACUGCGAGGAUGUCUGCCAUGACGACGGCUCCGAUUCAGAGCACGACUCCGAUUCAGACCACGACUCCGAUUUAGACCACGAACACGGCCACGACUCCGACCACGGCCACGAUUCAAAUCACGGUCACGAUUCAAACCACGGCCACGAUUCAAACCACGGCCACGAUUCAAACCAUGGCUUCGACAUGAAGGACGGAUUCGACUGCGACGAGAAGGCCUGCAAGAACAAGAGUGAGCAUUGA